GUGACAUGGAACAAUUUUGACUGUUGGCUAUUUUUAAAGACAGCAUUGCCAGAAAAAAAAAAAAGCUUUUAAAGAAUCUAAAGAUUGACGGCAGUUCUACACCACUGCAAAUGACAGCAAAACAAUUUGCACACAAAUCUCUUUUAAUGUUUGCGUUGAACAUCAAGUAUCAAGUUUAGCUCCCUUGUUAUCAAAUGAGCUUUGCUGUUUUGCCGGCUCUCCAAAUAGGCUGUCGUCAGUUAACAGCGAUUCUGGAAGUAGUCGAGAAGGUUUCGCAGGUGGCGGGCUGCGUUGGAAACCUCAAGCUUUGGCAUCUCAAAACGAACGCGUGCCAGCAGGUGUUUUAACGAUCGCUUGGAUGAAGUCUUGCCUGACUUGUGCAGGUUGUGCCAUGCCGCGGUCGUUUCUUGUGAGGGGUAAAAGGAAUCACCCCCCUGGUGCGCCCAAGGACUUCUUUAGACGGCGGGAUCAAUCUCACGCUGAUCAAGUUCAGCCGGCGGACACCGAAGAUAACGUGCGGCCCGAUUUCCCGAAGGAGCCUACAUCUGAGGGAGAUCCCCCAUGGGAGGGAACGUCUUUGCAGAGUCAACAAUGUCUUCCAAAGGAUCUCUGCGCAUCUGCAAACUCCGGUGAGAGGACUACUCAUGCAGUGCGGGACUCUGCUUGGUCAGCGGAAAGACACCAGACGUCAGAUAGAGAGCGACAACUCGAACGGCUGGUCUUCACGCUACUGUGUCGCGCAUCGCAUACGGACCUCAGAUCUCCACUCAGCCACUGUCCGCUCUGUGAAAAGUCCCUUUCGCAAGACGAUCUGCAGGCUCAUGUCGGCGGCAGCUUUCCUGUCCCCUUGAUGAGGUCCCAAGCCACCGACAUGUCCUCGAUGACUUUCGCUGCAAUUGACAGCUUUGGCAGAACCAAGGCACGAAGCUUUGGCUGCAAGGUGUGUGGAAAAAUGUUCAAGCGCUCGUCGACGCUGUCCACACAUCUGCUCAUCCACUCUGACACGAGGCCUUACCCGUGCCAGUACUGUGGCAAAAGGUUCCACCAGAAGUCAGACAUGAAGAAACACACAUUCAUCCACACAGGUGAGAAACCACACGUGUGUAAGGUGUGCGGCCGAGGAUUCAGCCAAAGCUCCAACCUCAUCACUCACACUCGCAAACACGACGGUCACCGACCGUUCAGCUGCCCGCGCUGUCGCCACAACUUCCAACGCAGGGUCGACCUACAGCGCCACCAAGAGACUCCGUGUGGCUAUGGAAGCAUAUACGCGCAAAACUGACUGCGGCACACCUGUGCCACGCGACAAUGUGCAUGCUAUUUCAAAAGAAGAUUGAUUGUGGAAGUUUUAUCUCGGAAAAAAAAUUGCAUUUGUUCUUUUCA